UCUUGACAUUUGCGGAAUAUCAACAAAGUUUUGCGCAUGUUUGUAAUGGAGACACAGCUGGAGUUAUCUCGCCUGGCCCUACUUCAAAUUUGCUCACAACUGCCUCCCUGUCCUGUCUGCUGUGUCUGGUCUUCAUUGUGCUGAUUUUUCACUAAUGUUCACUAACAAACCCCUAGAGGGCUUCGCACACCAGCUGCAUUUAUAAUAAGAAUACAUUACACUCAGGUAGACCCUGUUUUUUGAUAGGCUAACUACUGAAGGUUGCACUAGAUUUUAAUUGGGCUGCCAGAGUAAAAGGGGGCUGAAUGCAGAUGGGUGCCACACUUUUAAGGUGUUUUUACGGAGAUUGUGAAAAUCUUCUGGCAUCAUUUCCUUUCAACUUCACAAUUUAAAAACUACUCAGAGCCGCAUUAAAUCCCAAUAACCCGAGGCCCUGUACAUUUGCCGAAAUGAAAAGCUCUCAGUCAUAAAGACAAACUUGUUGCUCGUCCCUCAAGGGAAGCCAUCUGAUGCUCAUAGUAUGAAAAUCCAUUUGCGCAGCUUCCCCCACGAGUCAGCCUGAGAGCAUUCUGUGGAAAACACUGGCGUGACCCCGAAGGCGGUCUCAGCUGAGGAGCCUACGGUCGGUCGGUGAGGAGUCUACAGCGACGCAUGGCUUCGCACGCCGCAGUCCGAACAAGACGAGUCUGUUUGACAGGCCUGCGCAGAAAUGCGUAAACAGAUGCUCGUCAGGCUAGCGGAGGGACCGUGUCAUUGUUUGCAGCACGCGUUAAAAAAAAGAACGUCACGCUCACGCCGUAAAUACACACAGGAUUUAGGGGGGCCGGUUUAGACACAAAUGUCACGGCGAUAAACAACGGCAGCUGUAUUUGUCCCACUCUGUUUGAUUGUCCUGCUGGACUGGAGGUCGGCGUGACCUUGCCACCUGCAGAGGGCAGAGGAUGGCCUGCAUCGUAGCAGCUGGGGUGGAGGGGGUGGUUGAGGCAGGGAAAAAAACAAAAGGCUUGUGCAGAAAUUCUAAACACGGUUUACCUUUGGGUGUAAUUUUGAGGUUGGAAAUGAUUAAUUGUAUCCCCCCCCACCCUCAGUGCAGGUGAGGAGGACGACAGGAAGCUGGAAAUAGGUCGCAACAGAAUGUUCUCUUGAACUUGCCUUGCCUGGAUUCUCAGCUAAACUGUAAACACUUUGCAUUUUGCAGCGAUCAUCGGGCAUCAGGUGCACAUCUGUUAAUCUUAUGCAGCAAUUUUCUUCUUCUUCUGUUGUUUAUUCUGGUGCUUUCAGAGCCCAUAAGCCUGCGCCGAGGUGUCGGCACUGUUGACAGAAUAAUCAACAGUUUGGAUGCUGUGACAGCUGAAUGAAAUGUAUUUCUGAGGUCCCUUUUCCUUUAAUAGGCAUUAUUAUCUCUCCUUUCAUAGCCCUCCCUCUUAUUACCCCCCCCACCCCUCCUCCACUUCACUUUCCCUCUCCCCCUGAUGCUGUCGCUGUCACUGCUCCGGACGGUAAAGUAGUUUGGCGUUUUUGUCUCUUGCGCCGCAUAGAGACAAGGCUAGCACCCCCCCAGUCUUCAUGGGUCUUGCUGAAAGUAGAGUUUGCAUUCCUCUCAAAAUCCGACCUGCGAACCUGAAGCAGAGAAAGUCCUCAUGGUCGUACUUAAUGCCUCUUUUCUCGGUUGGAAUGGGAAACUGCUUAGUCUGGCCUCUCAGAGCGAUGUUCCAGGACGCCGAGAGGCGACUCAGACUUGUGCUGUCUUGUGAGGAAUCAGGAUAUCUUGGGCCGUAUCAGGACUCCAUUGUUUCCGUGACACAAAACUGCGUUCUCGUGAGCAACAUACUGGGACAAACCUGUGUCUUCCUGGGUAAAGGCAUGGCAAAGUGCAGGCAGGCUGACAGAGAGCUGCGGCCAGAAGAAAUGGACGAGCUGCGAGAUGCUUUCAAGGAGUUUGACAAAGACAAGGACGGCUUUAUUAGCUGUAAAGACCUGGGGAACUGCAUGAGGACCAUGGGAUACAUGCCGACAGAAAUGGAGCUGAUAGAACUGAGUCAACAGAUAAACAUGAACUUGGGAGGUCAUGUGGAUUUUGACGAUUUUGUGGAACUAAUGGGCCCAAAACUCCUCGCCGAAACUGCAGACAUGAUUGGGAUAAAGGAGUUAAAAGACGCAUUCAGGGAGUUUGACACAAAUGGGGACGGUGCCAUAAGCACCACUGAGCUCAGAGAUGCAAUGAGGAAGUUAUUGGGCCAACAAGUAGGUCUUAAAGAGGUAGAAGAUAUCCUAAGGGAUGUGGACUUAAACGGUGACGGACUUGUUGACUUUGAAGAGUUCGUUCGAAUGAUGUCUCGCUAAGUUCGAACAUCGGUCCUGAAUGUGAAGCUUCUUCACACUAAAACCACGUCCAACUAAAGGACACGCCAAGAACUACUGAGCCAUCGAAAUCUAAACGACACUGGAAUUCAAACUCCUCGAAUGUUACAGAGCGAGGGUUGCCCUCCCACUUUCAAUCAAUAAGUGUUCUUCCUCAAAACUUUUAAAGUUCAACUGAGGCAGAGUUUGCUGUAGCAUAGCUAAAGAUCGUCUAAUUUAUGUUUUUGCACUUUAAUUGUCACUUAACAACAACGUCCUGUGUUGAUAGAUUUUCGCUGUCCUGUCUCAGAUUCUACAUGGUGUAAUUAAGUGUCUUGCAUAAUGUCACCUUCGAUGUUUUCCGCAGCAUCAGAAUGAGGGACUGAAUGUAGGAAAGACAGAACAUUAGCACUGUUGAAUGUUUAUAUAUUCGCACAUCGUCUGUUGUAUUAGAAAUGUACUUGAAGGUACCUUUGUGCAGCAGUGGUGCUUCACCAAAAAAAAUCAAAGUGGCAAUACCCACACCUGUAAUGUAACUUUGUGACCAUGUGUAAUUUUUCACUGUGCCAGACCUGUUCCAAUGAAAAAGCAUCACUGUCUGACAUGCAGCAAAGAAAGAAAUCUGAUCUUAAUGAGACGCAAAUCUCUGAAAUGCCUCCAUAUUUGUUAUCCACUGAGAUCAGCAGAACAAAGGAGAAGAAGAAGAAGAAAAAAAGACAGUAAAUGAUGGACGGCUUUUCUCAAAAGCUUAAAAAGUGCUCACCGACACUGACCAGCGUUGAUUUGCAGCAAUACAGCACAUGUUAAGACUGCGUCUUUUUGUGAUCAUGUCUGUAUUCAUAAAAGCCUGUGAAGUAGAAACGGCUGUUUUUGAGAGUCUGUUUAGGUCAGCAUGAGGUCACACAAAUGUGAACUGUAUGUACAGUGGAUCCGAUCAUGUUGUACCUGUCACUGUCUUUAUGACUCGAUAUGUGGUAAUGUUCCAAACAUCUGUGCUGUCGAACAAUUUUUUAUGCAUGCCAAAGAGAGACAUUUACUACAUUUAGUAUGCACAAUUUUGUUUAUAAAAAGAGGAAACUAGACAUUUGAACAAGUUAAACAUAGAAAAAUAAAAGGUGUUUACAUUUUAUCCCUUUUUACUAUUGGUAUGUGUGUUUUAUUACAUGGACUGUGUCAAAAAUAUUACAAUGUUGGUGAGUGAUGUCACUGCAGGUAGUGAGGACAAAGCUAAACUUAGCAUCUAUUACUCAUGUGUGUCACUGAUGAAGCUAGGAACCUGCCAUGUGUGUAUUACUUACAGCAGCGCAAGUCUCCAGAUAAAACCAUUUGGUUUUAUAACUCCGCUGUAUUCAAGGGAGAGUUCUCAUUCAUUUUGAGUGAGGAUAAUUUAUAGAUGCAUGAGAAAAAAAAAGAUUUCUAGUAUAUCAUGAAGAGCUAUAGAAGGUACAGACUGCAAAUUUUUAUGCAUGAUGUUAUUAAGAACUAUAAAAGUUUGUCUCAAAGUCAUUCUGGCUGGCUUUCAGUCAGGUUUUCAUUAAUAUUCAGUAGUUGUUUACUUAAGAUUUUAUUUCUAUUUAAUUAUCUCCUACACCACUUGAUUGUAUUCUUCUUGAUUAUGUUAGAUUCCACUGCUAUUGUUGUGAUUUUAAAUCUCAGUCUGCCUCUACUUUUUAUGACAUAUGUUUCAUAAUUUUCGUGUGCACAUAUGUCUUCCUCUGUUUCCUCAAAACACCGGGAAGUUUCUGGGACAUUUUUUCCUCUUUUUUUUUGUUCUUCAUUUUACCCACUUUGUCGAGUGUUUCUAACCUGUUCAAAACACUGUGUUACACUCAUAAUAUA